AUGGCUGGCUCCUAUUCAACGGGCGACAGUGGCAGCCAGCAGAAAGAAUCUUUUUGGCUUAUCGGAGAUAGUCACGCCACUUUCCGUGCCGGAGCUCGCGUAAACGUGCAGCAACUCUAUCCGGGAUAUGUCGUGAAGCGGGCGGGGCGGGUGGUGUUCCCGGACGAAAGCGGCUAUAUGACAGCAGAAGGCGGCGUCACCUACGAACUGAAGGACUGCCUUUCCACACCAGCCCGCAGCAUAGUUUCGACUUACUCCUCCCUCCUCAGUGGCGCAUGCCUCAAUCCGUAUUGA